AUGGCCGAGCCCGGCGGAGAACAACCGCGGCCAGAAGAUGACCUCCCCGGCAGCAGCCAGCGUCCCCCCAACGAAGACCCGGAUCGGCCGAAGGACAUGUGGGAUUGUCACAUAUGCCUCGACACCGCCCAACACGCCGUCGUCACGCUGUGCGGGCAUCUCUUCUGCUGGAAUUGCCUUUCGCAGUGGCUCGAGACGCGCCCCAAUCAAGUGUGCCCCGUGUGCAAGUCCGUCGUCCAGGCAUCAAAUGUGAUCCCGAUCUACGGGCGCGGCGGCGACCAAUCGGACCCACGACAACAGACCCCGCCUCGUCCACGCGGUCAACGCCAAGAACCCACCCAUCGUCAUCAGGGACUUUUCGGUGACUUCGGAGGCGGCGGAGGUGGCGGCGGUGUGCACUUCUCGCUGGGCAUUGGCGUCUUCCCGUUCGGAAUCUUUGCCCAAAUGAUGCGCGGAGGCGGCGGAGGUGGUGGUGAAGCACAAGCCGGAGAAGCCGGAAGCCAUGCCCCGCCCGGCAGCCAGAACGCCGAAGUCGAACAAAUGCUCUCCAACGGCUUCUCCAUCAUCGCCGUACUCGCCAUCGCCUGGCUGCUCUUCUUC